GUGACUUCUUUAGGUUCUACUUCUGUCCAGAUCCCCGCUGGUUCUGCUCUGACGGAGCCCCGGAACCUGUGACGGCCUCAGAGGAGCGGAGGCGGCCUGGAUCUCCUCCUGCGCGGAUCCCGCUCCCUUCGCUUUGCGGGAACAGGUGGCCUUUCUAAGAUGGCGUCCGAGUCUGCGCAGUUCCGGAAGGAGACGGUGUGUGUGACGUAACAGCAGGAGAAGUCUGCUAUGUUUUGUUUUUUUUUGAACACUGAUGAGCCUCACGUGGACGCGGGACCGAUGGAGCAGUCUACGUCCCGGACGGGUUGAUGCGGCACCGGGGCGCCCUCGGUGUGUUCUUCCUGGCAGAAGAAUGCCUUCUUGAAGUAUGAUGCAGAGACGUGGGAUCCUUCAGCAAUGGGUUCAUGGCCUCUAUGAAGACUCGUCAAGGCAUGGUGAUCCUGAAGGAAGGGGCGACUGCCCCCGCUGCAGCUCCAGCAGCUGAUCACUCGCCUGCCGGCCUCGUGACUUUGAGAACAGGAAAGUUCCAAAACGUCACGGCUGUUCAGGGCAUCUCUGUGUCCAUUGGCGAAAAAAAGAUUACCAAGAAAGUCAAGAUGCUCCCCGCUAAGGAGGCCGCGGUGAAGAUGGGCGAACUGAAGCAUCCCAGCAGCCUAAACGUUCCCUCUGGCUUCAUUCCACCUGACUGUAUCUGCAAAGGUGUCAAAGUGACGCUAGACAACAACAGCAUGUGGAACGAGUUCUUUAAAUGCAGGACGGAGAUGAUUCUGACCAAACAAGGCAGCAGAAUGUUCCCGUAUCUCCGCUUCCACAUCUCUGGCCUGCAGCCAUCCAGGAAGUACUCUCUGAUGAUGGACAUUGAGCCUUUGGAAAACAGUCAGUACAAGUGGACGGGUGAGAGCUGGCAGGUCUGCAAAAAAGCGGAGUGCUAUGUAAAGAGCAAACCUUUUGUUCACCCAGAUUCCCCAGCAACAGGUCAACACUGGAUGCAGAGUCCAGUUUCCUUUUACAAACUGAAACUCACUAACGACAUUUCAGAGCAGGAGGGGAACAUCUUCCUUCGUCCAAUGCAGCGGUAUUUACCGCAGCUCCACCUGGUUCCUGCAGACCGCGCUGGAGAAGACCUCAGGCUGAAUGCUCCCAAUGUCCUCACGUUCACUUUCCCCCAGACUGAAUUUAUGACCGUCACCUCCUACCAAAACCCCCAGUUUACUCAGCUGAAGGUUAACUACAACCCAUUUGUGAAGAAACUGAAGGAGGACAAGGUCAACUCAUGCGGCCUAAAACCGACGGGCACCUCGAGCAAAGACUUGAAUGGUAACGAAGGCAAGGCGAACUCUGAGCUGCAUCCUAUGAAGAAGAACUUAAAGGUAUUACUAGCAAACCAUAAGCUGCGACAAAAAGCAUCGGACUCCAAAGUUUCAGCACCAAAAGAGCCGAGUGAGGAAUCUAGGAGCAGCGAUGCCGGCGUUCCGGAGGAAUGUCCGAGCAGUUCACGUCCAGCGCCCAAGUUAAUUUCUGAGCUCAUCUGCGAGGCUCAUGUUUCCCUGCAGAGGUGUAGGGUGGAGCAAAGCGGCGGCGGCAGCUUCUCCCGUGGAGCAGCGCCAGGUAACACUACUUCGACCACAAUGACUGACAGGAACAGGAGCGUCGUUCACAAGAACAACGGAUCUGUCACUACAUCCGGGAGGAAAAUGGCAGCUGCUGAAACAGCUGGAAAGGUUAAAAGUGACGAGCGUCUUUCUAGCUCAUCUGACAGGACAGUGGCUGCUCCUCCAUUAGAGCCGCUUCCCUCGAACAAACCGGACCACCAGCGUGAUGCAGGCGCCUCUUCGGACGCUGAGAAGCAACAGAAACGGCCGACUCGGCUGCCCCUGCCAGCACUCGCACUUUUUUUAAAGCAGCAUUCAGCAAAGUCUAAGAAGGCGAAGAACAAAGCGGACACUGUCCCCCAGACGUCUCAGCCGGAGUCCUCUGCCACGUCUCAACAGAAAGACAUCAUGGAGGUCAGCAGAGAGGACAUUCUGCCAGAGGAGAGGGGUUUAGAUGGUCCAGGUGGGACUCCUCCCCAGCCCCCCAGUCCAGACAUGCUCCCUGGUUCAGAUCCCUUGGUCUCCCCUUCUGAAAGUUUAAGCUUAGGGCCCCCUGAUCCUAACGAAGGGCCAAUGAUGUCCAACCCUGAGAAAAGCUGUGGCCCCGUUCAGGCGUCCGCACCGGCUGUGUCAGCAUGUUCUACCUCUGCAUCAUCGCACCUGUCCUUACCUCUCAGUACUACUCUGUCUCUCCCAGACUCCCCCAGAGCAGCAGGAGAGCCUUCAACACUACCUUCAAGCUCUCGCUCCGUUAAGCUUGACUCUGUCCUCCCAGACCCUCAGUGUUCCUCCUUUGACUUUGACCCUCUGUCCCCUGCCAGCUCUGCAGAAUCUUUACCUCCUCUCCCAGCCUCCUUAGCUUUAGAGCUGGACUCUUCGUCGUCUGCUGAAGAAGAACCUUCCAGCAGGAACUCCUCUGUCUUCAAAUGGCACACAGUAUUACCUCUGUCUGAGGCGUAUUCACGCUCUCCUUUCCCAGCUUUGGAGCCCCCUCAGCAGUCCACUCCGUUAAUGUCUGUCUCCCCUCCUCUGUUUUCCUGCCUUCCGGAGCCACAGAGCCAAACUCCUUCACCGUCGAACCCUCCUAAAGAGCCCCUCCCAUCGUUUUCAGAGGGCGAACAGUCUCUGCCUUUCCCUGCAGAGCUCUCCCCUCUCGCCCUACAGCUCUCCCUUUCGCCGACCUUCUCCUCUUUGGACGAGGACGGCUUGUCCCCUACGACUUCCCUCUCAGAUUUGGUGCACUUUUUCUCCACCGACGAUGACAUGGGAGUGGAGUUUUCCAACCCUGAGGCGGUGGCCACUCCCGUUCAGGCUCCGCCAGCGUCAGAACUGCCACAGCCCUCUGCGCCGGUGCAGGCGGCCUCCUGCAGCAGGUCCUGCAAGAGGAAGAAGUCGUCCAGGACAACCCAGCUGGACCGGUUGGAGGUGGGUGAGGAUGAGGACGACUACAGAAGCAAGCAGCCCAAGGUGGAGGAAGUGGAGGAGCAGCUUUUUAUCUCGUUCACCUCUAAGGAGGCCCUUAAGCUGCACACUGCUGAGUCAUCUGAAGAGCAGCUACCCAACCCCCCGCCGGUCCCAGAGCCCCCACCUGCUGAAGAACCGGAGCUGCGCAGCACAGGGAGUCUGGAGGAGAGGAUUGCGGUCUGUGAGGAGACGAUUCUCAGAGACCUGAAGCUGAUGAAACACAGGCAGGUCAUCCACCCUGUGCUGCAGGAAGUUGGACUGAAGAUGACCCUCCUGGAUCCAGCUCUGUCCAUCGACCUGCAGUACCUGGGAGUCUGUCUUCCCAUCCCACCCCCAGGAGCGAUGGAGCCGCAAACGCAGACGGAGCCGACUCCUCAGGGGAUCUUUGCUUCAUUUCAGUCCAGAACAGGAAAAACCACCGACGUGACCCAGAUUAAAGGCUGGAAGGAGAAAUUCCCCCCGCCGGAGGCUGAAUCCCCUGCAGCUCCCAAACUUGAAGCUGCUGGGCCAAGUUCAGAUGUGCAGAAGAAGAACCUGUCUGCGUUCUGCAGCGACAUGCUGGACGAGUAUCUGGAGUCUGAGGGGAAGCUGAUCGACGAGCGAGCCUCCACCUUCUCCCAGCUGCCGGUGGAAGCACCGCCCUUCCAGCUCCCGCUCAGCGGCGCCAGCUACGUCCGGACCCUGGAUCACGUCCUGAAGAAGGCCACAGCUGGCAGCCCCGCCUCAGACAUCAUAUCUGGGUUCAUCCCCCCAUCCAAGAGGUCCAGACUGAAGAAGAUCCCGAACUGCAGGAAGACGGCCAGGAAACGGAGACGUCCCAGAUGGACUAGAUUCAGAGCAUCUCCUGCAACUCCUCAGCGGCCAGCAGCUGGACCAGUCCAGGAUGCUGUUCAGACACCUGGUGGCCCGGCUCAGCCCACAGAACCUCAGAACCCACCCACUCCUAAAAAGAGGAGGCUUAAACCCAGAACCUCGUCUCGGACCCUGGGAGCUCCAGGGUCUACGCACGUGUCUGAGGACAUGGCUCCGCUGGAGUCCGACUCUGAGCUGAGGACGGACUCUGGGCCGAACCAACUCUCUGAUCGGACCGGGGAACCCGGUGGGAAAGAGAAAAGGGCCUCUGGGACCCGGGCCCUAGCCAGGCUGAAGGAGCUGGAGGACGGCGUGGCUUGGGAGGGCUGCUUCCAGACCAGCAUCACAGAGGAGAGGGCAACAAUCGCCCUGAUGUCCCUCUUCACUCAGACUAUGAGUUCUUCAUUCACUGCAGACCGGAUCAGAACCAUCCUGCCCUUAGCUAGGAAGGGAAAGGAGCAGCUGGGACUAGAAGGGACCAGUUGGGACCAGAAGGGACCACCUGGAACUAGAAGGGACCAGUUGGGACCAGAAGGGACCACCUGGAACAGGGAAGUGACCAGUUGGGACUAG